ACAACCACCCAGGAAACAAAAGGCAAGCUCCCCCUGUCAAAGCACCCUGGCCCAUAAGAAGAAAAGGGUGAGCACUCCCGGAUGUGAUGAGCACUCCCGGGCUUCAGGCUCAGAAGGUGCCCAGCCCCCGGCUCUCCUGUAACUCAGAGGCCAGUGUGAUGUGAGUUCCUCCACUCAGCAAGCUCCCGCUGUGAACACGCCUGUGGUGGGCAAGAGGGCUUGAGAACGGUUGCUUAUCUUUUCUCUCCUGUGUAAUCUCUACUUUCAUUCACGAUAAUGUCGAACACGCGCAGAGCUCGGCUGGAACGCCGGAUCGCUGGCUCAACCAACCGGUGGCGUUUCCCCAAACAGCCUUUUACUGGGGACCUGCUCUCACUUUCCCAGAUGUUCAAGGCUCUGAGCAUAGACUUUGAGGAAGCUCUGAGGAACCCAGACAGGUUACACAUUUCACAAAUUCAGAAGUUUUUCUGUGAGAAUUUCAAGAACAAGGACAUCCAAAGUGCGGAAGCAGAUGUGAUUCUCGAGUGCCUGGGCUUCAAAUGGGAACUCCAUCAGCCCCAGCUUUUUCAGUCUGAGACCUUGGCCAAGCUCUACCUGAAAGCCCUGACGCAGGGCACCACAUACCCCCUGAGGGAGCUGGAGGAGCUUCUGCGAGCUCAAUCACCUAAGAAGACCAAAGAAAAAUCCCCUGCAAAGAGGAUGAUCAUUUCCUUGAAGAUCAAUGACCCACUGGUCACUAAAGUCGCCUUCGCCACGGCCCUGAAGAACCUCUACGUGAGUGAGGUGGAGAUUAACUUGGAAGAUGUACUGGGGGUGCUGGCUUCCGCCCACAUCCUCCAGUUCAGUGGCCUGGUUCAAAGGUGCGUGGAUGUGAUGAUAACCAGACUCAUGCCAAGCACCAUCAAGAACUUCUAUGAGGCCGGCUGCAAGUACAAGGAAGAGCAGCUCACCACCGCCUGCGAGAAGUGGCUGGAAAUGAACUUGGUUCCUCUAGUGGGGAUGCAGAUCCACCUCCGCAAAAUCCCGCAGGACCUGCUCCACAAAGUGCUGAAGUCCCCCAGGUUGUUUACCUUUAGUGAAUUCCGUCUUCUGAAAACAAUGCUUUUGUGGGUCUUCUUGCAACUAAACUACAAGAUUCAGGCAAUUCCAACUCAUGAAACCGUGAUGACAUUUUUUAAGAGCUUUCCCGAGAACUGUUGCUUUCUGGACCGGGAUAUAGGACAGAGCUUGAGGCCACUCUUCCUCUGCUUGCGUCUGCACGGCAUCACCAAAGGCAAGGAUCUGGAGGUGCUGCGGUACAUUAACUUCUUCCCAGAGUCGUGGCUGAACCGGGUUACAGCCAACCACUACCACGCACUGGAGAAUGGGGGCGACAUGGACCAACUGAAAGAUCUUAACACCCAGGCUGUGAGAUUUGGGCUGCUUUUUAACCAGGAGAAUACAACUUAUUCGAAAAUGAUUGCUGUAUAUGGAUUCUUCUUUAAGAUAACGGGACUCAAACAUGAUACUACUUCUUAUAGUUUUUACAUGCAGAGAAUAAAGCACACAGACCUGGAAUCCCCCUUCGUGGUCUACGAGCACAAGCCCGUCAGCCUGCGAGCGGCACGCAUGGUGAAGUAUGAGAUCAGAGCCCAGGCCCUGGUUGACGGCAAGUGGCAGGAGUUCAGGACAAACCAGAUCAUGCAGAAGUUUGGGUUGACCAAGCCAUCCUGCAAAAGCCAUAUCUUGAAAAUCCAAACUGUGGGCAUCCCAAUCUAUGUAAGUUUUGCAUUCAUCUUCCCACCAUCCUGACAGUUUCCAGAAGAAUCUAUGGGAUUUUUCCCCCACUGGUCUGCAUAAAAGAAAAUAAAAUGACAUAAAAGGGA